UGUUGUUGUUUAUAGUUGCAAACAUGCCUCUAAAACAGUUUGGCAUAUACAGGUAUACUGGCUGAGGGUGAGCGUGGAGGAGUUCGUCCGGUCGUACAAGUUCCUGGAGGCCGAGAGGGUGGAGUCUGGGGACCUCCAAGACUCGCAGGAGAUCCUGGACAACUACUAUCUCGUCUACCGAAAGACACCACGGACCCGCCCACCGCAGCCACUGGGGGCGUCGCACGCCCAGCCCGCCUUCAUCUUUCUGGGCGUCGGUCUCGGAGUGGCCACCAUCGUUUUCUCGUUGGAGGUCACGCCCUGGCACCACCCAAUGGCUGCCGUUGUACUCUCGUAGCCGACCGGUGUAGACGGACAGUCGGCGCGGUCCCUAACAACUGUAAGGACGCCAACCGGCACGGCAGGCUCGACGCAUCGAUUCCACCGUGCAAAAAUCACAUUUCUGACUUUUUUCGGACUAUACACAAAAUGUAUCCCACUUCUCUCUUUCACGAAAUGAGUGGUCGUGACUGGUCAGCAGAUACACCACUCCCGUAUUCCAGCGCCGUUUAAAGAUUUACGUAUCGUGCCGUCUGAACUCCCCCCCCCCCUUCUCCUCAUCUUCUUUCUCUUACUUUGCGAUUCGCUCUUUUCGGAUUAGCGUCUCAUCCGCUCAAGACGUAGUCCAGUGUCGUAUCUACGGUCGUUCAACGCAGACACCAGAGUAUGGACGAAUUUUCUGGUCCGGUCAACGUGGCGAAUAGUGCAUUCUGCUGCAAGUCCAGACGUUAAACCACGGCGGUAGGAUUAGUUUAGCGUGAUGACGGUCACCGGACCUUUGGGCACGUGGCUGUGGCUGCUUCGCACCAAGAGACCUCUGGACAUCCGGCAGUGGCUUUGGGCGAGCUGUGUCGGCAGCAAGGGCUCGCAGCUCCUCAUGCUCGUCGCCAACACGAUGCUGCUGCUGGCCGCCAUCCAGGCGCCCAGCAUGAAGGAGGCGGCGGCCGGCACCCUCAUGUGCUGCGGCUUCUACUCGUGCAACUCGGCGCACGCCGUCUACCUGCUGCGCCGGCCCCGCGCGCGCGACAUGCUGGCGCGCAUCCUGCGGGUCGCGGGCGCCAUCGAGGAGGAGGCCUGCGAGAACGGCAAAGUGGUGCUAACAAAGGCCACCCGUUCGAUCCGCCGGAUGUCGGUGAUACAGCUCACGUACAUGGGCGGCAUGGUGUGCAGCGUGUGGGCGCACGUGCUGGUCGGCGGCCGGCCCUACGCGCCCAUGUGGCCGCCGCCGCCCCUGCCCGCGCCCUGGGCCGAGCGCGCCGUCGGCUACUUCGAGAUGGCGGCCAUGCUGCUGGGCUGCCUCGCCUACUUCACGCUCAUCACCCUCUUCAGCUGCAUCGUCAUGGCCCUCACGGGGCUGUACCAAGCACUCAGCCUCCGCGUCGAGACGAGCCAACGAAGGGGGCAGGUGCUGCGGUUGAUCGAGCUGCACCAGCAGUUGAACCGCAUCUCGCGAGAGGUGGAACUGUUCUUCGCUGACAUCAUCGCCCACCUCAUGGUGGCCAUCUUGGUCGUGCCCCUCGUCGCGACACUCCAGGUGGUAUUUAACGUCGUGGACGCGCUUACCUUCAUGAGUUCGUCCAUCUUAGUGAGCGUCUUCCUGCCCAUGUCCGCCGUGAGCCAGAGCCUGACGGAUGCGAGCGCCUCGCUAAGUCGGAGCGCCUACUCCAGCGCCUUCAGCGAGGUCGCCAAUGCCCCAUCUUUUCCGUUGGCAGACACAACAUCGCCUAGCCCAGUGUCGUCCACGCAACUGCCUUUGGAGGCGCCCCCGAAGCCGGUCGACGUGUCGACGCAGCGCGCCCUGCUGCUCGUCAUGGUGUCCGCGUCGCGGCCCGCCCGCAUCAGCCUCAAGGGCCUGGGCCCCGUCAGCCUCAGCACGGCCAGGGCGGCCCUGCGCGUCUGGUACCAGUGGGGCAACAUGCUCGUCAGCGUCGCGCGAUAAUAUAAGGUCUCGAAAAGGUCGACAAAGUGAUCGACUUUGUGCGAUGUGUACAUGCGAUGUUCGUUUAGAUAGUUGCAUUAAUUCAUUUAUAAAGAGCAGCGAGGAAGAAAGAAAGAAAA